AUGCCACCCGAAGGUUGCACGGGGGCUGCGAUACUGCCAGGUUGCCCAAACCUAGACAGGGGAAGUCGAGGGGCAGAGGUCGGGUUAGAACCACGGACCUUCCGCACCCUUUCGGUGCCUAGCUGCCGUGCCACACGAAGGAGGCACGAGGGCUGGGAUACUGCCAGGUCGCCCAAGCCUAGAAAGGGGAAGUCGAGGAGCAGAGGUCGGGUUGGAACGAAGGACAUUUCGGUUACUAAUAUCACUGCUGUUCAACCGCUCGAGGCCAAACGGUCAACUGCUGAACAAGAAACUGUUAUGCAGAGCACCAAUGGCCGGCCCUGUUCAUCAUUCAGUUGGGACGAAAGCACACAAUAA